AUGGAAAAUCAUCGUUUGCGUGCUAUUAUAUUGAAAUUACAAGAUCGUCUUAGUAAUGAUGAUCGAAAACGCUUGCAUUUCUAUCUUGGCAAUGAUGUACCACGACGAAUUCGAGAUGAUCCAACACUUAGUGGAACACUUAAUCUUAUGGAUUCUCUUUUCGACCAAGAUAAAGUCAAUGAAAAAGAUUUUACUUUUCUAAUAAAUGCAUUUGAUGAAAUUCAAUGUAUUGAUGCUGUAAAAUUAUUAAGAGAACAUUGGAGACACAAUCAAUCAGAUGCACAUAAUCAAUCAGUUGAAAGUUUAACGAUGAUAAUGCCACCAAUGAUAAAUCAACUUCUUGAAGAUCAAGAUGAAGAUAAAUAUUCUAUGCAACAACUUCUUGUUAAUCAGAAAAAUAUUUGUGGUAAUAACAAUGUAAUGAUCAAUAGUAAUAAUACAAAUAUUAAUCAAAUACCAAUUGUGAAUUUUGAUGAAAAACCACAGCAUUCAGCAUCCAAAAGGAAACAAUUAUUGAACCCAAAAAAGGUGCUAUGGAAAUGUUUAUUAUUAUUUGCGUUAUUAUCGAUUGUUGGAUAUGGAAUAUUAGCAUUUUUUUGUAUUCAGAAUUUCGUUGAUCUUGGUCGGUUGAAAAUAUCGCAUAGUCUAUCUAUUGGACAAAUUCAACUGUUAGAAACAUCGAAUAAUCAAUCUAUUGAAACAAUUCAACAAUUGAAGCAUAAAAUGGAACAAAUCAACAAACCACCACCAUUACGAUCACCUGCUAUUGAUAUUUAUCCCAAUGCAAAAUGGUCACAAAAUGGUGUCACUGUAGCUGGAGGAAAUUCAGGAGGCAGUGGAAUUAAUCAACUCUCCCAGCCACUAGGUUUAUAUGUUGAUGAUAAUGAAACUGUCUAUGUCUCUGAGUGGUCAAAUAAUCGUAUUACGGAAUGGAAAUCAGGUACAAAGACUGGUCAAGUAGUUGCUGCUGGAAAUUCGACUUACAAGUUAACAAGUCCAAGAGAUGUAAUUGUGGACAAAGCAAGCAAUAGUCUCGUCAUCUGUGAUCGUUCGAAUAGAAGAGUUGUUCGAUGGCCUCGUGGAAAUGAUACAAGAGGAGAAACGAUCAUCUCAAAUAUCGAUUGUUGGGGUUUAACAAUGGGCGAAAAAGGAUCUCUCUAUGUCACUGAUGAUAAGAAACAUGAAGUGAGACGAUAUGAAAGAGGAGAAUCAGAAGGAAUAGUAGUAGCUGGUGGUAAUGAAGGUGGAAGUCGUCUCGAUCAACUGUCUCAUCCUUCAUAUGUAUUUGUCGAUCGUGAUAGUUCAGUGUAUGUAUCCGAUCAUAACAAUCAUCGUGUGAUGAAAUGGGAAGAAGCUGCAAAACAAGGAAUUAUCGUAGCUGGUGGUCAUGGAAAAGGAGAUAAUGUUACACAAUUGUCUUCUCCUGAAGGAGUUGUUGUUGAUCGAUUAGGUACAGUGUAUGUAGCUGAUGCAGAUAAUGCUCGAAUCAUACGUUGGAUGAAAGGAGCCAAACAAGGAAAUAUCAUUGCUGGUGGAAACAAUAGAGGAGGACAAUCGAAUCAACUGAAUGGGCCUAUCGGUUUGUCAUUCGAUAGACAUGGUAAUAUCUAUGUCGGCGAUUUGGGAAACGAUCGAGUACAAAAGUUUAAUUUAUCUUUAAAUGAAUAA